GCCAUUGAGAUACUCUGAUGAUGCGAUGCCCCAACCGUUUUUGUUUCUUUAGAACGUAGUCAAUCAAUCUGCGGCCUCUUCUGGAGGGUUGUACAGAGAGGAUUGCGUAGGCCCAUCUACGCUUUUCGUAAUGGGAUUGAUGAGGGCGGAAGGAGUUGUGCAAUGGCUGCAACACGUCAUUUGCUAGUUGAUGUACGUCCCUCUUGUUUUCUUUCGUAAGACAUAGCGGUAGGUAGGUAGGUAGGUAACACUUCAUACUUAGAGCUGUGACAGAAUGGUGUCUGUUGUUUGUCCGUUGUAAAAAGCGAAGAGUCAGUAGUCCGUUGUAAAAAGCUAAGAGUCAGUAGUAGUUGGAACGUGAAGCAUGUUAGUUGCGUAAACCAUGCAGGUGGUGUUGUGCAUGCUUAGGACACGACAUCCUGUCUUGUCGACAUCGGGCAUUUUACUUGUUUUCAUGGAUGGUCAUCGUGAUACAAUGCAUGGCAGCAAGCUUCUCGCCAUCCCUCGAUCAUCAUCGCAAUUCGGUGUGCAUUGCAACAGGACGCCGACUCUGCCAUUGGCAUUGAAUGCAUGGCAGCGGAAUUCUCCCUCCGCACACUGUCGACACGCUUCUCAAUUGUGGGCAUGUGCAUGCGCACUCGCAUGUACAACAAAUAGAGAGAGGGCGGAGAGACCUGGCCGCGCUCGUUUCCGCGGUAUCGUUGGCAAGGCCAAGAGGAGGCAUGCCGUGAAACAAGUGGAGUUUGUAGAUGGUUGAACUUUAAACUUUCAGAUAUUAGGUCACUGGUACACGUUUAAGUGGGGCCAAGGAUCUCGAAGUAAUCUCCUGGUCAGCCUUCCGCAGAGCGUGUUAGGAGUCCAAAGUUCUCGUUCGUCCGCUCUAGAUACAGCAAGUGUAGGAAAUGCAAGUAAAGCAUUAACUGCAACAAGAUAGAAUGACUGAACUGAACAUCUGUGCUCUGAAUAAAAAUUGUUUUGAUGAGACUUUAAGCAUCUCUGAUAAUGGAUUCCGGCAGAGAAUCAAGUGUGCGCUCAUUGAGUUGGCUUUAAACUGCCAGUACACGGGCCCACGGGCCCCAGCCUUGCGGAUCACCUACAAAUUUUUCGGAGGCUCGGGGCUGUCGGACGGCAAUGGCUGGCUGGUGGCGCCAGCCAAAACAGAAAAGAAGUGCGCUGCUGGCCGUUCGGAAAAAAGCUUGGCGCACGUUGCAAGCACUGCCAGGCCCAGGUGUACUCGUGGUUUAGCGUGAGUGCCUAAUGGGGCUUGUGAAAGAGAGAGGAUGGACUGCUUUCUAUCCAGAAGAACGAAGGGCGGGAGUCUGGUUCGGAGUUGGGAAUGAUAUUGAAAAGGAGAGGGCUCUUUCUUUCUUGCUUUCUUUCUUUCUUUCUUUCUUUCUUUCUUUCUUUCUUUCUUGAUUCAGGAAUGAAUGGCAAACGAUCAUUUGCUGUUACGCCUUUCUACUUCAGUUAACAUGUGGAGGAGGUUUUGGUCGGAGCAAGUCUGUUGUAGUGCAGGGAGAAGGGAGAGGGCAAUGGGUGGUGUGGCAGGGCAGGGGGGGGAGUGGGAAAGGGUAGGAAGGGUUGUGUAAGCUGUAGUGCUGACGGUGCUAUAUAGGAAAGAACACACAAUCGUAUGCCACAGAAAGGCUGGAAAAAGAGACAAAGUCUGUGGCGAACAGCGUAGUAGCGAGUUACGCGGUGGCAGAACUUGGGGAGAAUCGCACCGCACGAUAGUUACUUUGAGGUUGGUGAUCGUCUGCUGGCAGACCCGUGUGCACUGGCUGAGUGCGGUGGCCUUCUGAAAGUGAACAUGGUGGGAAUCCCUUGGUAGUUUCUUUGAUGUUGGUGAUUGCUUGGUGUCAGAUCUGCGCUCGUUGACUUAGUGCGGUAGGGUGAAGUUCAAGGGUGAAGAGGGCUGUUAGCCAAGAAUUGAGUGGUUGAUGGUGAGUGGAUUCAGUGGAAUGAAGUAUCAGCUGGCAUGCAUGGCUACAAAAUGUGUGCUAGAUCCACAGCAUUUGCCACGUUGCGGGCUAUGCGCACGCUUUCUUGUGUUCUAUAUAUAGCUCAGCAAUGUCGCUUCCCGAAUUGAGUUCCCUGUUGCACACUCUUUCUCGUGUUCUAUAUGUAGCUCAGCAAUGUCGCUUCCCGAACUGAGUUCCCUGUUGCGCACCCUUUUAGAACGUGGACUGCACGUUGGGGACCGGAGCUGUGCGCCUUUUCCCAGGUGCUAACCAGCGGUAGGCUGUUAUGCAUCUAUCAGAAAAAAAAGACGAUAAUACGGCAUUCACUGCUGAAAUCUUUGCAUGGAGCAGGAGGGGUCAAAUACGGGGGUCGUACUCUUUCCUUGGGGUGGAAUCUACUCCAGAUAUAAGGUCAUUUACAUUGCUGCUUCAGAACUGGCUGCUGUCUGGUAGGUUCCGUCUGCCCUGGUAAUUACUGGAUGCUAAUUGUUUCAGCUCUCAUGGAUUUAUGUGAGGUAUUCGUCAUCUCACACGGCUCCUCCUGCUUCCGAAAAUUCUAGUGCAUUUCCUUCCUGUUUUUGCACAUGAAGUUGGCAACAUCCCUCGGUUGUAAAUGGGAAAUGGUGGUUGAAGUAGGGCAGGUGGUAGUAUAUGAUCACAAUGGAUCCCAAGAUUAGGAGUCUCUCGUCAGACUGGUAAAAUGUAUCUGAAAGGCAGGUUAAAUUCCUGGUAUUAAUGAAGGGGUAGUGAGUUU